AUGGCUAAGACCGGAGACUACCUGAAUGUGAGGUUCAAGGCAGGCUAUGACGGGAAGCCUUAUAAUAGCUUCCAGAUACGGCGUACUUUCAAGAGGAUUCUCAACGCUGCGGGUAUUGUUCAGGAGGAGACAACCAAAACCCUGGUAGAUAAAGAAAGCAUGGGCUUAAAUGGAGCGUUGGUGAGAAAGCCAUGUCUGUUGUGCAAGCUACGACUCAAGAAAGCAAUUGCAAACAAACCGUCUUCGAGCUUCAAACUCUGCGGACAUCAGAUCACAAAAUCUAUUAGGGACUUCAACAAUGCGAACAAGGACAAUGGCAAGUGCCAGAAACUCGUGUACGUCCUGCGGCACGGAGAGGCAGAUCACAAUGUGUGGAAGAAAGUGUUUGGUGUCCUGAGAUGGACAAAGGACCCCGAGUACAAAAGGCAGCCAAUAUUUACAUAUGAAGGGCAAGAAUAUUGCAUUAUUGACCCACCGCUCACUAAGCGAGGGGUUCAGCAGGCCGAUGAUGCAAAUGCGAAAUUGCUACAACUUAAGAAACAGGGGUUCAUGAUGCCGAAGAGGGCCUUCGUCAGUCUAUUAUAUCGUACCAUGAUGACUUUCGAGCACGCGCUCGCAGGCAUUGGCAUUCCAUCGGGAAAAGCCCACGUUCUCGAUGAACUCCUCGAACAGAGGACAGGAAAUGGCCCAGAUAUUUUACUGAGGGAAUACACUCGCGCAAAGAACCCUAUAGAGCCACCGCCCCCUACUAAAGGCGGAGCUCAUGGGUAUGAGUGGAUUGAGACAGACGAGAAUUUGGACAGAGACGAGAGAAUGACCACAGAUGAGAUUAUGAGGGCCAGGGUAGAAAGAUUGCACAAUGCCAUCUUCGACAUGGAUGACAGCGACUGCAUCAUCCUAGUCACGCAUUCUUUGCUCAUCCAACACGCCCUCAAGAGCAUGGUAGACGGCAACGCCAAUGUGCUGAAGGACUUCAUGCUAGAUGAAGGGGGUCUAUUUGCCUACGUUGUGGAAGGCAAGAGGACAGGUCCGGGCGCCGCGGCGGACGAAUUAAAGCGCAAGAAAAUCAAGCUCGUGUCUGAAUGGAAGGAGGAGAUGGGUCCGCGACGAGAAUCAGCAUUCUCUGAUAGAGAAGCCCCCCAAAGGCCUGCUCCAGUCAGAAUAGAAGACACGAUAAUGGCGAAGCACACCAAACCAACGAACCCGACGAAAGCGGACAGCACCAGCCAAAGCUUGCCACCACCGACUGCGCAGGUUGAGAGAGCUCUUCCUGCAGCUCCUCAACCUCUAGCGGCCACACAAGCCCCGUCUCCACGCAGUGGCCGCUCUCGUGGAUCAGCUUCAACUAAGUCUACCGUUCAGCAUGUCGGCAGGUCUGGGAACACCACAAGCAGGGUUGGCAGCACCACGACAAACAAGAACAGCAAUAGGAACAUGAGCGCGGUACCUCAUGAGAAGAGCUCAACAGGGGAGAGGAGGGGAAAGACUGCGAGAGGCACUCAAAGUGACAGCCGGAAGUAA